AUGCCCCCCCAGGCCGCCGCAAUCCUGGCAUCCGCGCUCCUGGCAACAACCGAACACGCCAUCAUCCCGCUCACGGCGAAGCAAGUCGCGCAGGGGUCGAAGCUCUUCGGCGCGGCCAUCCUCGACCGCGCGAGCCUGAGGACCGUGCUGGCCGAGACCAACAACGAGCGCGAAUCGCCGCUCCUGCACGGCGAGAUCAACUGCAUCCAACAGUUCUUUAAACUGCCCCGGGACACGCGCCCGGAGACGAGCGAGUGUAUCUUCUUCGCCACGCACGAGCCGUGCUCGCUGUGCUUGAGCGGCAUCACGUGGAGCGGGUUCAACGAGUUCUACUACAUGUUCACGUACGAGGAUAGCCGGGAUUUGUUUGCCAUUCCGUACGACAUCGACAUCUUAAAGUCGGUAUACCAGGUCGCUUCGCCGGGUGAGUCCGAGGCCACCCUCGCAGCGAAGCCGCUGUACAAUCGGAGGAACAAGUUCUUCACGGCGCGGUCACUGGCCGAGCUGAUCGACGAGGUGGACGAUGAAGCCACGAAAACGAAGCUGAAGGGCGAGUUGCACCGCAUCAAGCAGAUGUACGAUGGGCUGAGUGCUACGUACCAGGAGGGCAAGCAGAGCGGGGCCGAGUCCAGCAGUUUCUUCAAGUGA